AGGGGGAAGGAGCUGCCACUCUGUAAUGGACGCCAAUAAAGGUAAAGGGGAUCAAGGGAUGCAGAAUCCAGGUGGGCAGAUGGACAGACCUGUCAGCUUCCACUUCUUGGAAAGCAUGCUUCCUAAAGUAGUGAAGAGGCGAGUGCAUGCCUUGAAACGGCUACAGGUGCAGUGUGCCAACAUAGAGGCUAAAUUCUACGAGGAGGUCCAUGAGCUAGAGAGGAAGUAUGCCGCUCUCUAUCAGCCAAUGUUUGACAAGAGAAGAGAUAUUGUCACCGGAACAGCGGAACCAGACGAAGAGUGUGAGUGGCACAGUGACAGAGAGGAAGAGGAGGAGCUAGCUGAGGAGGUAAAGGAAAAAGCUGCCAUUGAGGAUGCAAAGAAAGAGGAAGCCACGCCAGAGGAAGACCCAAAAGGCAUUCCUGAGUUCUGGCUCACCAUAUUCAAGAGCGUGGACAUGCUCAGUGACAUGCUACAGGAACACGAUGAGCCCAUCCUAAAGCACCUGAGAGAUAUUCAAGUCAAGUUUUCUGAGCCAGGACAGCCAAUGAGUUUCACAUUAGAGUUCCACUUUGAGCCCAAUUGUUACUUCAACAAUGCAGUCCUCACUAAAGUCUACAAGAUGAAGUCAGAGCCUGAUGCUUCAGAUCCGUUCUCAUUCGAGGGGCCAGAGAUCAUUGACUGUGAAGGCUCUCAGAUUGACUGGCACAAGGGAAAGGAUGUGACUGUGAAAACUAUUAAGAAGAAGCAGAAGCAUAAAGGCCGUGGCACUGUCCGCACUGUUACCAAACAGGUCCCCAACGACUCUUUCUUCAACUUCUUUAACCCUGUCAAAGCUUCACCAGAUGGAGAAAUGGACGAAGACUCUGAGUUCACCCUAGCCACAGACUUUGAGAUUGGUCAUUUCUUUCGUGAGAGAAUAGUUCCCAGAGCAGUGCUGUAUUUCACUGGAGAGGCCCUGGAAGAUGACGAGAGCUUUGAAGAGGAGGAGCUGGAAGAGGGAGAUGAAGAGGAGCAAGAUGAGGAAGAUGACGAUGAUGAGGGAGACGACCCCAAGAAAGAACAGCCCCAGCCUGCCGAAUGCAAACAGCAGUAACCGUGGUGAUCAGGAGGAGGUGGAGACGUGCUGUCCGUCAAAUCUGUUCUUAGCCAAACAGCAAGUCCUCUAACUCUUGCAGGCUCCGCUCUUUAUGAACUUUCAUCUGAACGCAAUAGAACGCACACCAAACUGCGUUUUUAACUAUGUGCAUGACUUCUUUUUCUUUUGUCUGGCGCCCAUCUCAUCUUUCUUUAUUUGGCUUCAUUCGAACAUAAAGCAGGAAACAGACUUGACUCUAAACUACCGUGGCAUCAGGGACAGUCUUGUUCUUUGAGGUGGAGUAGGUUGCUACUGCUAGGAACCUCAGAACAUCAUCAUAUGGAAAAUAGAUAGGACAGGCAUGGAUCCCAACUUUAGUUUUCAUCAAAAAAUAAAUCCGUUACUCAGGGUUUUUUAAUGCCAAGAAGAGAAGCGCUAGGUUACCAGGAAACUGUCUGACUUAAUCUUUCACUGCGAUUGCUAAGUGUUUUUUCUUUUGUUAUGGUGUUUUUAAAGAGGCAUACAAUGGAUCAUUUUGAACUUCAUUUACUUUUUUUAAAUGUUCAUUGUCAUGUCAUUGGACUAUUUAUUCUGGUUUCAUGCAGCUGUCUAUGUGUGGUGCAUUUUGGGAACUCUGCAGCAGUCGUAGGCUAAUUCUCAUUGGUUCAAUGGUCAUCAACAAUGUGAAUACUGCCAAGUCAUGUUUUUUUUAUUGUCAAAAUUAAGACUUGUGUGCUGCUCACUUCUGCUCAGAUCUGUUGGGCUUUAACAAGCAAUUAAACUGAACACGUACACUAGUUAACAUGUGGUUAUACCUCAAAGCUGUCACAUAUAGCUCUUCCCUGUUUGCCUCAAUCACCCCUUCUUUGAAUAAUGAUGACAAUAAGACCAAUUUAAGAAAACCAGUAGGGCUAUCCUCGACUAAAGAGAUUCUUAGUUUACUAACACGUGAUUUAAUUGACAGAGCUGUGCGCUUUGAGAGGUGGUUUAGACUAGAAAAGCACAAUAUAAAUGUAGUUAAUUAACCAUCUGUAAAACUGAGUUUCUACACAAAUAAUUCUGCAAAACCACCACUUCAAAUCUUGUGCUCACCAGAAAUGUGCUCAGAAGUUUCUUGGAAAUGAGGAAUUAAGCACGAAUAAGCAUAAAAAAUGACUUAUCAACUAAAGAAAUCUUAGUCGAGUAAGACCAAAACACAGAUUAGUCGACUAAUGAACUAAGAGGGGACAGCCCUAAAAACCAGACCAUUGAAAAUGCAAUUCUCUCUCUUAUGUCCACUUGGGUUAAUCUCAGUUUGUCAGAUUUACCUAGCCCAAGCAUUUCAUCCAGUCCGGGAACUGUUUCCGUUAAAGAUACCACAUACAAGCAGACACAGGGGCAGAGUCGCAAUCUUUACUGGUUGUCGUCACUUCUGAUAUGCAUCCAGUUCUUACCAAAUGUCAUUUAAAGUCAGUGAUGAGACCUGGUGCAGGAUGUUUGGAUCACGUGUACAAUUCUGUUGCCGAGAAGCCAAAAUGAAAGACAAAACCCACCGUCCUCUUUUAUUCAAUUGUUUGCCAAUUGUCAUUAACACAGUGUAAUCUAAUUCAGCGUUUAAAGUUGUUUAAGAAUAUAUAAAUAUUUCUGUUAUUGUCUGAUGAUUCAGUAGAAUGUCUGUGGAAACAAAUAGAGGUUGCCAAUGUAUUUUCUAUACUGCCAUUGGAUUUCGCUGUAUUGGUUGGACACCUUUGCCUAGUCACUGGACAGCGAGAGCAAUUGCUGCGAAAAAUAAUACCCAGCCCUUCUCUCUCUCUCUUUUUAAAAGGAACGAUUGUAGAUCUUGUUGGACAGAUCUCUCAGAGCCACGGUUGACAUGUUCAAAUCAACCACACUGGACCGUGUGCUAGAAAUGGCCUUAACUGGUUCUUAUUCACAAUUUGUUACUUGCGCAAUAUUUCUUUUCAAUUUGUACAGAGUUAGUUAAAAUAUUCUAUUAAAGUUGUGCGAUAUGGAAA